AUGCUCUCCGCCGUUCCCCCCAGGGAGCACUCGCACCUCAACAUAUCCAACAGCGCAGACCAGCUCGCCCUCGACGACAGGCUCUGUCCCGGCUGCAAGCGCUCCGCAGUAAACGAGCAGGGCGGUCUUGUCGUCGCCUUUGGCCAAUCCUUCUUCCACGUCGACUGCUUCAAGUGCGCAAAAUGUCGCAACCAGGUCACCGCCGACACAAAUCUCCUCCUCCUCUCCGACGGAUCACCAAUAUGCGCAAACUGCUCCUACUCCUGCAACAUCUGCCGUCUCCCCAUCCUCGACGAGGCAAUCAUGACCGGCGACGACUCAUACCACGCCCACUGCUUCAAGUGCAAGGUCUGCAGCAACCGCAUCGACGAGCUUGUCUUCGCCAAAACGUCCCAGGGCAUCUACUGCAUGAACUGCCACAAUGAGCGCAUGAUCAAAAUACGCAAACACGCGCAGAAGAAGGCAGAAAGGGAACGGGCAAACGGCGGAAGUGGCUCGUCGCGCUCCAGGGACAACGAGGCGAGGAAUUUUCAUCAUGAUCAGGACGCGCGUUCUGGCUCCUCGCGUCCCCGUCCCCAAGAUGCUCGCUCUCCGGCAAGGCCAGCGGAUCCUAGUCCUCCUUCCUACUCUUCCACCAACGCGAUCGCCUCCUCAUCCUCCUUCCCAACCCAGCCAUCCGUUACCGUUGCCCCUCCUGUCGAUCCAGAAGUACGCCCCCGCAAACAACACCUCAACGGAUCUCAACCAUCAUCAGGCUAUCUCAAUCAGCAUCAUGGCCUCGCAAAGUCAAACACCCUUCCUAUUCCCCCAACACCCAGCUCCUCCGAAUUGAAACGAACGAAUAGCUACGACGAUCGCCCGCUGAAUGUCCUCAUCAAGCAAGACUCCCUGCAGGUCAGCGCGGGCCUGCUCCCAGAAUCAAGGUCCAACGCCACCCAAGCGCUCUCGGUUACCUCAAAGCAGGACAAACGGCGCUCAAUUAACCCUGGCCUCCCACUUUCUCCCUUUAAGGAAGCACUGUCAAACCAAAUGUCCAAUUCCGCUCCACACACUUCUUCCCAACCACACGACCGUAGUGCCUCACAAACCCCUCCCUAUCUCACCCCAAACGAACCUCUCUCGUCGCGACCCUCGUCCCAGUCUAGCUCUGCCCAUAGCAGGUCUUCCUCUCUUGCCGAACCGGAUCACAUUAUACCUCGCUCCCGCUCUUCAUCCCUCCGCAUUGAUUCAAAUGGUCACGAUGAUACCGUCGUGAUGACCUCGCCACCGUCCAUGACCCUCGAGUUUGAUGAAAAGACGCUUACAAACGGCGCCUAUCCUCAGCGCUACGGCUCAGGGCUUGCUGGCGUCGAUCGUCCCAAUUCGAGGAAUGCGCCACGGUCGGCGUCUCCGGCGUAUCGUGCAGACGUUCCUCAUGGUGUCGAGAGUGGAACGGACACGGAUGCAGAGAAUGAAGCGGACAUGUCGUCAUCUGAAAGCUAUGGCCGUUCGCCACCAGCGCCCCCUCCGAAAGACGUCAAGCAGUCUCUAGGGAUACAUGGCGUCGAUCCUGAUUCCUCUCAGUUUUCCGAGUCUGGAGAUAUUUUGGAAGAGCUGGGAGAUCCUACAGCCGUAGAACGGACCUCGCACGCCACCUUUAUUGCCCCAGCGCUACCGCCGAUCCGCUUCUCAAUGAACACGGCAGAUUUCUCCGAACUCCUAAGCUCCGUUGGAGGCCUUCCAUCGCUCAGAUCCCUCGACAAACUCGCCAUAUCCACGAAGCAGGCGCAAGAACAUCAUGUCCCAUCAACACCUCCCCCGACUGCGUCGUCACCGACGAUGUAUCGUCACAGCGGCGGAAGUCUGGCGGAUGCUAGCUCAGAUACGCACGUUGAGAUUGAGUCAGUCAUCACAACUCUGACCGCCAAAGAGUUCCAAGCCGACCAGGAGUCGACCAGUGGGAGCUUGACGCCUUUGCCCGAUUCGGCGUUCAACCCUCCGUCACGGCACAGAGAGACCGAUAACGUAAUGCUUCAAGUUAGGGAAGCUCUGAAUGAAGCUAAAAAGAAAGGCGCUCAACACGUACAAGUGGGCAUGAACCUUGUGGACGCCAUCCUGGACCUCGUUGGAUCACAAAAUGCCGACUACCAACAGUUAAAGACCCGCCUUGAUGGCAUGAACCGGGAGAGUAAGCUUUUCAUCGAUGGCAUGACCGUCGCGCAGGCAGAGUAUGAUCAGGAGUUAAAGGCUCGUCGAGAUGCUGAGGCGGAGGUCACCCGUUUAAGAGUCCUGCUGUCUGGUCAGGCUGCCCGUCUAACAGCCAUGUCCGGCGACAGUCGCAAGCAAGAAUUGCGACAGCAGUUCUCGAAGGAGCUCAACGACAACCUAUCGGAUCUAGAGCAGAACCUCUCUCGUCUGAAGGUUGAGCGGGAUGUCGCUAUCGCCGAAAUGGAAGAGAUCUCCUCUAAGAGAUCCAAUGGUAGCCCUGUGGAUGUUGCUCCUCCGAACCUUGCAAGAUCGUUGACAAAGCGUCUGGAGACAUUGAGGAACCAGUAUCAGCGAGAGCUCAUGCCCUUGACGGAGCAGAAGGAGGCGUUGACGAGAGAAAUCGCUGAGCUGAAGGCAGUCCGCGACGUCUUCCUGGAGGAAACGACCGUGUUGAACGCACGUAACGAGGAACUGGCUCAGCUCAGUGCAGUCUAUGCCCGCCGCAUAGAGAACGCACCCGAGACUCCUGCGAAGAACAUGCAAGAGACAUCCCCCCGAGAUUCAUCUGAGACUCGUGCUAACCCACAUAUCCUGGUCGCACCAUCCCUCAAUUCGUCUGUCAGUGGGUCAUCCACGAUUAUUUAUGAUGGCUCGGACGCCGAUACAGGACUGAGGGUUCCGAGGUCGGAAAAUGGGCUUCAGACACCUGCGAAGCCCAAGUUCAAGUGGCCUGGCACCCGCCCGAAGGAAAUGGCGUCUCCUGCAUCAACUAUCGAGACUAGCAAGAGCAAAGCGCAUAUUGAGCACAACUUCCAACAGCUCAGCGUCUUGCGAUUCGCUCGAUGCGACCACUGUGGAGAGAAAAUGUGGGGUUCGCAGCUGCGGUGCACUGUCUGUUCUACCUCGAUACACGUCCGAUGUAUCGCAAAUGUGCAAAUCCCUUGCUCUCAACAUCGGUCACCGCCACGAGAGGAGCCGCAAGUCCCUCUCCCGCCCUCGAUGUUUGGCAGAGAUCUCACAGAGCAGGUCCACGCUGACCGUAGAGAUGAUGAUCGGCAGGUACCUGUGAUCGUCGAGAAAUGCAUUGAAGCGGUCGAAGAACGAGCUCUGGACUAUGAGGGCAUCUAUCGUAAAACCGGAGGGUCAGGCCAAUCGAAAGCGAUAACUCAGAUGUUUGAACGAGGAGAUUACGACUCUUUCGACCUCUGCGACAUGGACCGCUUCAACGAUAUCUGCAGCGUUACCUCUGUGCUCAAGACCUACUUCCGCUCACUGCCUGUUCCUUUACUUACGUUUGAUCUGCACGAUCAAUUCAUGUCCGCGAUUACCAUUCGUGAUCCCGCCCUCAAACAGAAAACAUUAAUUGAUCUUAUCAACAUGCUACCAAACGAACACUACUUCACGCUAAGAAUGCUUAUGUUGCAUCUAAAUCAGGUUCGGGAACGCUGUGACAAGAACCUGAUGAAUGGGAGAAACCUGGGUGUUGUCUUUGGACCGACCCUGAUGAGGUCCAGAGAUCCUGCUGCUGAAUUCAGUGACAUGGCUGGGAAAGCCCUCUUCAUUGAAUGGCUGGUGGACAACGCCCCGUUGGCUUUUGGGUCGGAGUGA